AUGGAGAAAAAGCCUUCGCCCGGAGUGCUCGCGGCACUCGACGCCGCCAAAACCCAGUGGUACCACUUCACCGCCGUCGUCAUCGCCGGCAUGGGCUUCUUCACCGACGCCUACGACCUCUUCUGCAUCUCCCUCGUCACCAAGCUCCUCGGCCGGAUCUACUACACCGACCCCAAUUCCCCCAAACCGGGCUCCCUCCCGCCCAACGUCGCCGCCGCCGUCAACGGGGUCGCCCUCUGCGGCACCCUCGUUGGCCAGCUCUUCUUCGGCUGGCUCGGCGACAAGCUCGGCCGCAAGAAGGUCUACGGCAUGACCCUCGCCAUUAUGGUAUUCUCCUCCAUCGCCUCGGGCCUCUCCUUCGGCCGCAACCCCGCGGGAGUCAUCGCCACGCUCUGUUUCUUCCGCUUCUGGCUAGGGUUCGGGAUCGGCGGCGACUACCCUCUCUCCGCCACCAUCAUGUCCGAGUACGCCAACAAGAAGACGCGCGGCGCAUUCAUCGCCGCGGUAUUCGCAAUGCAAGGACUCGGCAUCCUGUGCGGCGGAAUCGUCGCCCUGAUCGUCUCCAGCGCGUUCGAUCACGCGCUCAACGCGCCACCGUACUCCGCCAACAGAGCCGCGUCGCUUCCCCCGCAGGCCGACUACGUCUGGCGGAUAAUCCUCAUGUUCGGAGCCAUCCCGGCGGCGCUGACCUACUACUGGCGGAUGAAGAUGCCCGAGACCGCCCGAUACACGGCGCUGGUGGCCAAGAACGAGAAGCAGGCGAGGGAGGACAUGGCCAAAGUGCUGGCCGACGUCAAGCAGCUGGAAGAGGUCAAGGUCGAGAAAGUCGGAGCCGUCUCCGAGGCUUCCGGCGACAAAUUCGGGCUGUUUUCCCGCGAAUUCCUCAAGCGCCAUGGGCUUCACUUAUUGGCGACGACAUCCACGUGGUUCCUGCUCGACAUUGCCUACUACAGCCAGAACCUGUUCCAGAAGGACAUCUUCACGGCGAUCCACUGGAUCCCGCCGGCGGCAACGAUGAACGCGAUCCACGAGGUCUUCAAGGUGGCGCGUGCACAGACGAUCAUCGCGCUCUGCGGGACGGUCCCCGGGUACUGGGUCACGGUGGCGCUGAUCGACAAGAUGGGGAGGAAGAAGAUUCAAUUGCUGGGAUUCUGCGGCAUGACGGUGUCGAUGUGUGUGCUGGCGAUUUGGUACAACUACUGGCUUCGGCACUACGUUGGGUUUCUGGUGUUCUACGGGCUGACUUUCUUUUUCGCGAAUUUCGGGCCCAAUGCGACGACGUUUGUGGUCCCGGCGGAGAUAUUCCCGGCGAGGCUGCGGUCGACGUGUCACGGGAUAUCGGCGGCGGCGGGGAAGGCAGGGGCGAUCGUGGGGGCGUUCGGGUUCUUGUACGCGUCGCAGUCGAAGGAUCCGGCGAAGGUGGACAAAGGGUACAGCCCGGGGAUUGGGAUGCAGAACUCGCUGUUUGUGAUGGCGGUUAUCAAUGCACUGGGGAUUGGGUUCACGUUGUUGGUGCCGGAGUCCAACGGCAAGUCGCUGGAGGAGCUGUCCGGAGAGAAUGAAGCAGAGGAGCAGGCGGGGACUGCCGGUGAUGAUGCCUCUGCAGCCAGGGAUGACAGUCCCGUCUAG